AUGAAGGGACCAUGGGAAAUUGGCCCUCAGCCCGCCCGACCUCUGCGCGCCCCCGGAGGGCGCGGGGAACACGCUCGGUCACGUGGAGCGCGCGGCUCGCACGUCUGUUCCGCGCCGGCCCGGUUGGUCCUCCAGGGGCCGCGCGCGGGGCUCCUCCGCGAACGCGGCGGCACAGUGGCCUACGACACUACGGCGGCGGCACCAGGGCCUUUGGCUGGGGGGAAGGGGAGAAGUGAUGCGCACGAGGGCCCCGUAGAAACCCGGUCGGGGACCCCGAAUCGGCUGCGAGCAGCGGGUCGGACCGUCCCCGCUCCAGGACCCGUGACCCGGGCCAGAGCUGGAACCAAGGACCGUGAACCGGAAGGGGCUGGGCAGGGUGGCCAAAGGCUGCAGCGCGGAAGCAGUGCUCGGGACCGCCGCCCGGGGCCGGGAGCCAAGGGCAAGGGGGAACGGGCCCGCUUUGGGGCCCAGGGUUUCCAUAGUGUGACUCGGGGUGUGGCAGCCUGGGAAAGGUCACCGCGCUUUGGUCCAGCACUGGGCCGGGCCCUUAACCCGAACCCUGUCCUUCCUCUCAAUAUGCAGAAGAAGAGCCUUUUCAUCACAGUCGAUGCGCACACGUCACGGUGACAAGGACAUCACGUGGGUUCAUAACUGCCUUAUUGCAAAAACCAGCAGGAGAUGGACCAGGUUGUUCACCGUUUCUGGCUACACGAGCAUGUGUUAUUUUGAGCCAGCGGUGGCGUUUUUUGGUCUGUUUUUCUUAUUGAGCCAUUGUAGCACAGUGGGGCGACGUCGGAGUUCUCGCUUCCUUUCCUUCCUGCAUCUGUCUUUGUGACCUUGCCCAAUUCCCUGGACCUCUCUGGUCCUGUUUUAUCUUCUGCAAAGUGACAAAACUGCCCUGGAGAUGAUCUUUCACAUCUCUCUCAGCUUUGACAUGCUGUGAUUUAUUUAUUUAUUUAUUUAUUUAUUUUGGUAACUGGGUAACUGAAGGACUUUUUUUUGAGACUAUAAUUAGCAAGAUGUAAACAUUCAAUGCUUUGUUUUCUAUUUUAGAAGGGUGGAGAAUUCUGAUCAUCCUUGGGGCACAGAAGACCCCCAAGAACAGUCCACAGAGGCUGCCGUGGACCGAGGGUCUGGGACCUGAGCAACCCUGCAGCACGUGCCCCUGAACCCCGAAGGCCCAGUAUGGAGGAAGGGGGAGGGUAGGGGUGAGAGGGGCGGAGGUGGAUUGCACGUGACAUGAAGGUGGAGGACAGGAGGGUGGAGAGACUCAGUGCGGACAGAACCAAGGGGAUGCUGCCCCCUGGAGACCCCAUGCGGAUGGACAGUAAAAGUCAAGGAGUAUGUGUCCCCACGGGUGCGCGGUCUCAGAGCUGCAGGGGACGCCGGCUCCUGCUGGCCCUCAGAGCUGUUGUCACCCCUCUACUCUGAGACCGGAGGUGGCCUGAGUCCCGACAGUCUUCGUGCAUGUCCUGGGCUGUAGAACUUCUAGAGCUCAGAGUGGUUCCCUCGAUCCUGUCUGACAUGGAGAGACAUCCGAGUGGGAGAGAUCGGAGCCAAGUUCAACUACAUUUUGAUAAAUGAAGACAUGGGCUUGUUUCAUAUGGAAAACAUGUUGGUGAAGACAGGAGAUCUUAGGCUUCUCUAACGUUAUUAGAGUAUUUCCCCUGAAGCCUGGGAGCAUGGAGUGUUUCCGUAUGUCAGUCAUUUGAAAUAAGAAGGGCCUCAACCCCGCCAGAGGGAGGAAGAAGCAGGGGUGUGGAGAAGCAGCCAAGGCCGCCUCCUCUGUGCUGGGGACCCUGGAGAUGAAGGGGCAUUGGCGGCAUCCAGGUGUUUGCCAGAAUUGUAGGGCAGGGAAGUGCUGAGUUCACAGGCCUGGCCCAGACUUUCCUAAGGCCCCAGACACAGAAUGGGGCGAUGGGAGGGGGGCUCUGGGUGUGGAGGAGGACCCACCCCUCAGGCCCUACAAAUCCCUUUGAGCAGCGGCUGCUCUGACUUAAAACCUCGUUCUCCUAAGAUCUCUUUUGAAGUUGGCUCUCCCACCUAAUCACUCCAGUGUCAGUGAGUCUUUCCAUACUUCUGUCUUUGCCUCACAGGAAAGAAAGCCAGCGGUGGGGGGAGGGGCAGGUAGAACAAGGUCUGUGCGUGCCGACAGCUCAGAGGGUGGCCUGGGGAAGAGGCAGGGUCAGCUGUGGCCAGAGGCAGUCUCUCUUUCCAGGCCCCCAAUCCCCGUGUGCUGGGAGCCCUUGCUCUUGGGUUUGGCUCCUGCUGUGGUUAGAGCCGUUCUAAUCCUUCCCAGAUGCCUGACCCCAGUGCUGCCCUGUAAUCCUGCCCCUUCCCAGUUUGCAUUUGGAGGCGGUUGGGGACCACAGCCCAGGCCACACUUUUCACUCUCUCCCAGAUCUCUUUUCUGCGCCCAGAGCUUUGUAAACAUCUGGCCAUUUCUCCACCUGUGGGAUGGUGACUGUGCUGGGUGCCCAGCGGGGCUGUUUGAACAGUAACCGCAGGGCUGAUGGGAGCACCUGAGAGGAGCAGCUGCGUGGGAAGUGUUUGGACUAGGCCCUGGGUGUGUGGGAGUUCACGGUGGGUAUGCAGAUAACUCCACGUAGGGGCGCCCGGGUGGGGCAGUCAGUUAAGCAUCUGAUUCUAGGCUCCAGCUGGGGUUGUGGUCUUCGGGUCGAGGGGUCGGUCUCUGCGCUCAGCACGGAAUCUACUUGAGAUUCUUUCUCCCUCUCCCUCUGCCCCUUCAGCUUGUGCUCUUUCUAAAAGAAAUAAUAAUAAAAAACCAAACCCUCAACGUAUAACCACUUCCUUACUCUUCUUUGGUCUUUAAUUGUGCAACCCUCUGGACGAAUCAAACUUUUUAAAAAGUGAAACUAGCUCCUCUUUUUAAAGCUACUGCAAGGACUGUUUCUUCGCUACGAGAACAUUUUAGAUUUUAGUCGUAGUAGCUCCUUUCCUUCGUUUUCUCCCCACCCCUCCUUUUCAUAGCUGCGAUGAGGACUGUUUUCGCCCAGAGGGCCUCAGUGCUUUGGGUCUGAUGUGGAAAGCCCUGGUUGCGGCCCGCCGUGUCUCUGGGAGGGGACGGCACGCAGACUCACUCUUGUUCACUGAGCUUAGCGUGAAUCCUUGCCCUUUCUUCUGAAGUUCUGUUUCCUUUUUGUGGCCCAGAGGUAAGCCCAGGAGAGUGUUGUUCCUCUUUUGCUCAUGGGGAAAACCUAGGCCUGGAGAGGAAAGCGACCCUGCUAGUCAGCGACCCUGGAAUUUACUCCCAGAUCUCUCUGGCUCCAAGGGCUCAUUUUGCACCCAGAUGGAGUAAAGGAGUCCCAGUGGAGGGUUCUGGGAGGCUCUCCCUCUCUGGCCGCCAUCCGUGGAGUCCAGACACCCCCCCCCCCAGGUCACACUGACAGCAGCUGUGGUACAGGGAGCUGUACCUUCUUGGAGCUAAAAAGGGCCAUAUUUACGAGGGCCAGCAGUCAGCCUCAGUUUCCUCCCCUCUAAGAUGGAAGUGAGGAUUUCCCUGCUCGCUUUACAGGGUCAUGAGGCCCAGUGGGAAAUCCCACUGUAAAGUGCUAGGUGGCAAAAGGUAGGACAGUUGUCUCGCCAGGCACCCAUCCCAGCCUCGGGCAGUUAAAUGCUUCCCUUACCUGGGGAGCGAGGCAUCUGUGCUUCGGGAACAGACCUAGAACA